CGAAAUAAUCUUUUUUAUCCAUAAUCCAAGCUGCAAUUGAACUGCACUGCCAAGCUGUCAUGUAGCAUCGCAUUUCGAACCAGGGUUCAUGGAACAAGGCUAGCCUCUGCACAGAUGCGAUGUAAAUCCACCGCGCCGGCCAUCGGGCAUACCUAGUAGCGCGCUGUGGCUUGGGUGAGCUUGUUAGUUGAACCAGCACGCGCGGUGCGCGAUCCUUUUUUUUUAUUAUUUCUUUUUCGUCUUAACUACAUCUCGGCGCACCCUAUAGCAGCUUAAGCAGCUGCCAUGCUUAACAUAUUGGCGGGUUCUUCUUUGCGGACACCACAAGAGUCUCUGUCGCCGCAAAACGUCACACUCGCAACAAACAUAGUCAGUUGCCUUACUCGGAAAUCAACAGCAGGCAGGCUUGCUGCCGCUGCUAUACAAGCCGGUGCCAAAAAAAAGAAGAAAAAAAUAACAACACAAAUCGACAUCCCAGAUUACAGAUCACACAGAUCGGAUCACAUCAGAUCAAAUUUACGCCGUAAAACUGGGGAUCUGCAGCCAGCGCGGGAGCUGCCGUUGCGCCCAUAGAAAGAAGGCCCCCUUCCUUAGCACUGACGGUUGGCGGGCAUAUCUAUCUGCUUUUUUUUUGCAUACAGAUCACCUCUACCCGUUCCGCACAGAUAUCGACGACAGCAGAUACACAAUCGUUUGAGAGGCGGUGGCCCGCCUGUUUGUUUUCUUUUCAUUCUUCAUCGCCUUCGGACCCUUCUCGCCCGCUACCAUGGAUACCACAGCAGUUGUGCAGCCAACGCCUGAUUCCUUAACACCACCAUCAAGGAGAAAGUCACAACCGCACACUGGCCAAGCGAACAGUCAUGCCACAAGUCAAAGUCUUUAUCAGUGCGCAUACUGCCUACGAAGGUACUCUCGUCCUGAGCAUCUCCAGAGGCAUAUAGCCACUCACACCCUCGGAAAGCGCUUUGUCUGCGACAUCUGCGAGAAAGCUUUUGGACGCGGAGAUUUGUUGAAAAGGCAUCGGCAAAACCACCAGGACGAUCCGACGGGGGCUAAAAAGAGGAGAGUAACCUCAACAGCUGGCCGGGUUACAGCGGCUUGCCAGGCGUGUGCUCGUGCCCGAGUUAAAUGUGAUGAGAUCAAGCCAUGUGCUCGCUGCAAAAAUCGAAACCAAAAAUGCGAGUACAGCACUUCCGAGGCCAGCUCCGCAGCUGCCAUGCACCUACUACAUCUUUCCGCAGCGAGGUCUAGUUCAGGGUCGCCAGAUGGCCAUGAUCAUAAAUCCUCAACAAAGUCGGUCUCCAACUCGCCUUCUCCCUUGCAAACGCACCAGGUAAUCGACGCGGCGUCCUUCGGCCAACAGACGCCCAUAUCUGUUACAAACGCUUUCUUGCAACCCCAGUUUACGCUACCGGUCCAGCCGCCCUUGGACCCACGCCUCGCAGGAAUGGACAGCGCGAACGGAAGUGGUGUCAUAGGCCAUCCCGCGGCCGGUUUUGAAAGCAUGUCUCGCACACCCGACGGGGACGUGGCCAUGGACGCCACAUGUGACCGGCAGUACCAAGGUGCAACUUUCACGACGACUCCAUACAGACCACUGACCAGUGGAAGCCCCCCAGAUGCUGCGCCCUUUGCAUAUUUUAUGCGAGAUGUUCUUUACGAUGAACUAGACCCGUCGAGGAUGGUGGGCGCUCAGGGACUGUCUGUUCUGGACUUUAAUGCCAACUCGAGCAUGGAGUUAAAUGACGUCGACCUCGGUUUGUUGGACCAGUGGAGUGGACAUGCGAUUCCUCGGCCAGACGCAACCCAGCAGCCACCGACAGGCACGGCGACAAAGGCCGCGGCUGACUUGUCCAAGAUGAGAAAGCGACUUGUGAAGUCUUGGAGCAACUCGCCAUGGCGUUGGAACCCAACGACCCAAGAUUCUGGCUACUGUGAACAGGAGAACCUCACCGUGCCCCAGGCGGACAGUCUGCUCAACCAGGUCGAGCGCAUCAUCUCUGACAAGCUGGAUCCCUCCAUCCGUGACCGCAUCCUGGCUUCGGUCUUGAGCGAGUGUCGUGGCAACGAUACGCUCCGACGUGUGGCAUCCUCUUUCCCCUCGACAGAAAUUUUGGAGUCUCUCAGCAACAUAUUUGUGGCGUCUCACAUGUCGUCGGUAUCUUCCUGGCUGCACUUGCCUACCUUGAAGCUAAACAACAGUCACCCAGAGCUGAUAGCCUGUUUUGCGUCGUCCGGGGCAGCCAUAUGUCCCAACAUGACGCUGAGGCGCUUUGGUCAAGCUUUGCAGGAAGUCGUGCGUUUGACGUUACCGGCCCGUUUUGAAGAAAGUCAUGUUCGCAUCAAUGAUAUUGGACUUGUACAGUCUCUGGUUUUAAUGCAAGACCUAGGGCUGUGGAGUGGUAACCGGCGAAAGAUGGAGAUUGCCGAAUGCCACCUGAACAUUCCAAUAACCAUGAUGCGGUACAGGAACAAGUUCAAGAGGUCAUACUACUCCAGAAUAGUAGUUACACCUGAGGAUCAAGGUGAAGUGCUCGAGCAGAAAUGGAAACAUUGGAGGGAGCAAGAAUCUUGGAAGAGGCUUGUUUUCCACUGCCAUCUGAGAGACGCACAAAAGUCACUGACCACCUUGACACCUCCACAAGUGUCUUAUGCUGAGCUUACCCUACCACUGCCGGAACCUAAACAGCUCUGGUUUGCCAGUACGGCCAAGGAAUGGCAGACACAGUAUCUGGCACGGGGCGAGCCGGGCAACAACGUCCUGCCCUCGCUCGUCACUUUGUUUCAAGACAUGGGUGCCCUGGGAAGAGAUCGGCACCGAGUCGAUAUACAAUACGCCACUGCCAUCUAUCUGCACGGUGUAUGGUCGCUGAUAUGGGAGCUACGCCAGCUGGCGGCGGUGCAGCGGCACAGCAUCUUCUCUCGGGUCUCGGCAUCAACCGCUCCGGGAAGCCAAAUUGGCGCCCAAGAUCCUGCAUCCCUACUCCUCAAGUCGAGACAUCAUGAGAUAUGCAAGAUGCUGGAAGACUUUUCCUCGGCGACGAGCGACUGGAACGAGCUUUCAGCCCAGGAGAUUCUGACACUCAACUUACUACAGUUGCAUCUUCACGUGUCGAUGGAUGAACUACAAAUUCUUUCGGGCCGAGAGAACGAGGAGCAGGCCCGUCGUGUUUUCAUCCACCUUCAGACAUGGGCCGAGUCUGAGGAGGCUCGGAGGGCAAUUUGGCAUGCUGGUCAGGUGUUGCGUAUGGCCAAGCUCUUCCCAACGGGCCAUCUAAAGGAUUUUUACGCGAUUGGUGUGCACCACGCAGCACUCACAAUUUGGACUUAUGGCGUCAUCAAGAAUGCGGCCGGGCCCGGCAACCUGAGCGGCCUAUCCUUGGGUGAUCUAGUGUACCUGGACGGGCCACAGGCAUCCCAGGUUACGCAGUUUAUCAACUUUGGCCAGGGUUGUCCCGCCAUCAGGGGACCGACACGCAGCGUCGUGGGCAACAGCGGGAACCUGAGACAGGACGACGAGCGGCAGCAACAGCAGCAGAAGUACGGCGGCAGCGGCGUCGUCGUGGCCCCUGUCUCGGACUCGCAGGCCUGCAUGACCAUCGCGCUCGAUAUCUUCCACUCCGACAAAUCGGGAAGCGCACAUGAGGAUGAGGAGCAGAUGGUUUCUAUCAAUGAGAAUCUAUGCCACCUUCUCGCGCAGCUUCGUAGUGCGGCACGGGCUGUUGCCGAUGUUUGAAAGCUCGAGGCUUUUUUGGAAUAGCAUCUCGCUAUUUUAUGUGACUAUGAGAAACACCGCUGGUGACGGUUUCGUGUGUAUUUUUUUUCUUCUUCUUCUGUUUCUUUUCAGGGCCGUGACUACGGAGUUGGGUUUGAAGUUUUCAUGUCAUAUUAUACCCCGGAUUCUCUGUUGCUUGCUUAUACCUACAACAUACCAAGCGCCCUGUUGGAAAAAAAUAAAGGAAAAAAAAGGAAAAAAAAAAGAGAU